AUGGCCGCGCCGAGCCCGGGGCCCCGCGAGGUCCUGGCCCCCUCCCCAGAGGCUGGACACAGAGCUGCCACCUCGAGCUCUGGCCGCCGUGGCCUCCUCUGGCGUCUACGAGACAAGCAGUCUCGCUUAGGCCUGUUUGAGAUUGGCCCAGGGCAUGAGCUGCACCAGCUGACGUGUAUGAUGCAGGCAGGGCUGUGGGCUGCCACUCAAGUGUCCAUGGACCACCCGCCCACGGGGCUGCCCACGGAGGAGGAUUUCUCCGAGGUCCUGACCCAGGUUCACGAGGGCUUCGAGCUGGGCACCCUGGCUGGCCCCGCCUUCGCCCGACUGCGGCGCUCCCUAGGGCUGGCAGAGGAGGACUAUCAGGCUGCGCUGGGUCCGGGCGGCCCCUACCUGCAGUUCCUCAGCACCUCCAAGAGCAAGGCCAGCUUCUUCCUGUCCCACGACCAGCGCUUCUUCCUGAAGACCCUGCGGCGCCGGGAGGUGCGGGCGCUGCUCGCCCACCUGCCCCGCUACGUGCAGCACCUGCAGCGGCAUCCACACUCGCUGCUAGCGCGGUUGCUGGGAGUGCACAGUCUGCGGGUGGCCCGGGGAAAGAAGAAAUACUUCAUCAUCAUGCAGAGCGUCUUCUAUCCCACCGGCCGCAUCUCCGAGAGGUAUGACAUCAAGGGCUGCGAGGUGAGCCGCUGGGUGGAGCCCGCCCCUGAGGGCAGCCCCCUUGUCCUGGUGCUGAAAGACCUCAACUUUCAGGGCAAGACCAUCAACCUGGGGCCCCAGCGGAGCUGGCUCCUCCGCCAGAUGGAACUGGACACCGCCUUCCUCCGGGAGCUCAACGUGCUGGAUUACAGCCUCCUGAUGGCCUUUCAGCGUCUCCAUGAGGAUGAGCGGGGCCCAGGCAGUAGCCUCAUCUUCCGCACAGCCAGGUCUAUGCGAGGGGUACAGAGCCUGGAGGAGCCAGAAGCCCAGAACCGCCGGCUGCUGCCCGACGCCCCCAACGCCCUACACAUCCUGGACGGGCCAGAGCAACGCUAUUUCCUGGGCCUCGUGGACCUCGCCACAGUCUACGGGCUCCGCAAGCGGCUGGAGCACCUGUGGAAGACGCUGCGCUAUCCAGGCCGGACCUUCUCCACCGUCAGCCCAACUCGCUACGCCCGUCGCCUCUGCCAGUGGGUGGAGGCGCACACCGAGUGA